CUCUUAAAGUGCACCUUGAACUAGGUGUAUUGUGGAGUUUCCUUGAUCAAACAGGGUAUUUCAAAAAGGGAGUAACAGAUAUUCCCAGCAACAGGUUAACAAGAAUGCACUGGUUCACUUGGCUCCGAUAACGAACCGAAAGAACAAAACGUACCUAACCACAAGGAAUAUAAUUGGACGUAAAAUCAAUUUGAGGGCUAGAGUUAUGGCUGUUCGGACUAAGCCAGUUCCAGCAAAAAAUCGUAUCUGCGUAUGGACAUUUCCAGAAGGUUCUACGCCGGCCGUGAGGGUUAGUGUGGAUGACAGAAAAAUUCGAGCGGAUGACUUGCUGCAUAUUUCGGGUAACGCUCUAGGUGUUCUUGAAUGCAAUCUUCAAUUCUUCGGGUUAUUUAAAGGAAUCGAGCAUCCAAUUCGCAAAUAUGGAAACAACGAGAUGAUCUACCUCCCUUGCAACGAUAUCAUCUCUUUCCAAAGAUGGUCGUUUGAUAUUACCAGAGAGAAGAAAUUGCUCAAGACGGAUGCAGGAGCUUUGCAUGUGUUGGCUGUUCAGUGCAAGGAUGAUAUUAAGAAAGGACGAAUUAAACCGAAGCCGCACGAUGUACCGUUACUGCAAGAGUACCUUGACCCGGCAUUUCCCUGUGAGAAGCAGUUUAUCGAACAUUGCCAGAACUUAUAUGGGUAUGCUUCGGUGCACAUCCCUAAAUGUGUGGUACAGAGCGAUUUGUCAGUGAAAGACCUAAAACUAAGCGAGGGCUCGAAUAUACUCGUCAUUGCAAACCCGCGGGGACUCAUCUACAAAACAGAAAAGCUAGUAUUUUUCGCACCAUGGCGAAAAAUCCGUCGCUGGUCGCAGGUCCAAGGAAAUAGUAUCCACUUCGAGAUCUUCUUCACAGAUGAGAUGCGCUUUGAGUGGGUGGAGGUCGAAACGGAUCAAGCGCCAUUCCUCAUGGCUGUCAUUGCCGAGUUCGUGUUUCUUGUCAAACGCGAAACGGAAGACCCUAAACCUAGACCUUUGUGUAACUGGAAACCCAAGCCCAAGUUAACAUGGAAUCUUAUUAAGAACGAGUUGUUUUCCUCGGAAAAAAAGACAGAUUCAGAAGAGGAAGAAGAGAAGGAAGAAGCACUGAAGGGAUUUGAUAAUCUCCAUGACGAGGUGUCAGACGACGAGAGCUCGGAGGAGGAAGGAGCGGCUGCACCAAGAACAUCGAAUAGGAAGCGGGGAUAUGUGCUGUAGGGGGUAGAUAUAACAGGGUGGGUGUCAGGAGAGGGUAUCAACCCAGAAGACCCACCAGGAAGCGGGAUAUGUGCUGUAGGGGGGAGGGGGGAAAAGCGAAAGUAAUGACGGUGGUGUGGCCCAAUCAAUGCUGCUAAAAGCCCCCUUCCCCCUUUAGCAUAUGGGUUUGCUUCAGUAAUAAAGUAAUUUCUUUAUAAAAAAAUUGAAGUAACGUAAACUGUGCCUUUUUAUUUUCUCUCUUAAAUAUACAAAUUUCAAGAUAAUACUUUCAUUCUAAUAAAGCACAAGAAAAAAAUCA